GCUAAGGAUUCCAUCUCCCGACUCUCAGUAGUGCUUGUCUUUCACCACUGUCGACUAAAAUGCACUACUUAAAAGUUGAGAGUUAUGUUCUAUUCAGCAGGCAUUCUUAGGACUUCAAGCCUGGGAGAGAGCCUCUCAGAUAACACUGAGAAAACGGUUCCGAAGGGGAAGAGGGGCAACUACCUGCAACACCACCAGGUAGUUGAAACAAAAGAUAACUGUCAAUAAAAGAAAACCAGAUAACUCAAGUUAAGGAAUUUAGCACUUUUCUAUGUAUGGGACGAUGCAAGAGUCUGGGCUCACUUAAACCAUUCUUUCACAUGCACCUUAGCUAUCUGGGGCCAGUAUCCUGUGUUUUCUCAUCCAGUUUCCUCAAGCUACACUGUGGGGAGUGGCUGCUAGAUGGCGGGCAUCCCUUGUUUCCUUCUUGAGUUCCCUCAGGGCUCAUCAUUGGGGGUGACUGUAACGUGGUGGCUAGAUCCCUAGUUUACUGAUACGGCAGGUAAUAUUUUCUUACCAUUAAGUAAUUCAUCCAUUAAAUCAACAUGACUUUAUCGAGUGCCUACCACGUGCCAGGGACUGUGCAAGGGGAGGAUUCAGAGGUAAACACCACUUGCUCUUACAGACGAAAUGGACUGAGCAAGGUGGGAAAGGAAAAAGGAAACAAAAACAAAACGCCAAAAACCCUCAGACCUCCCCAACAUGGCAGCCUUGGAGGCUGAUUCUGACCUCCUCAUCAUGGCCCGCCCAUAGUGCGCUGCAGACCUUCUCAACAUGGCGAUUAAGAACGACCUUCUCAACAUGGCGCGGGCCCCGCCCGCUCCGCCGCGGCCGCCGGCGGGAACAGUUCCGGGUGCGGUGUGCGCCGGGGGCAGGCGGGGGGCGGCGUCCUGGCCAUGGCCGGCCUCUCGGACCUGGAGCUGCGGCGGGAGCUGCAGGCCCUGGGCUUCCAGCCAGGACCCAUCACCGACACCACCCGGGACGUCUACCGCAACAAGCUGCGCCGCCUGAGGGGCGAGGUCCGGCUGCGCGGCGAGGAGCGGCUGCGGGAGGAGGCCCGGGCAAGGGGCGAGGAGCGGCUGCGGGAGGAGGCCCGGGCAAGAGGCGAGGAGCGGCUGCGGGAGGAGGCCCGGCUGCGCGAAGAGGCUCCAAUUCGCGCCCGGCCCGCCGCGUCCUCCCUGCGGUCGGAACCCUGGCCCUCCCCGCCGGCCUCGGGCCCGGCCUACACGACCUCUGGGGCCUGCGGCGACAUCGGGGCCUCCGCCGCUUCCUGGUCCAGGAGCCGCGGCCUCGCCUACCCCCCGCGCCCCGCGCCGCUCAGACGCCGGGCCUCGGUCCGGGGCAGCUCCGAGGAGGACGAGGACUGCCGGCCACUCGACAGGGCUGCGCCGGGCCCCGGCCACGGAGUCCGUCGGUGGUGGGCCUCAUCCCUGGCCCCAGUGCGGCCGUCCUCCGCCCUCCUCGGUCCCGACCCGCGCCCGGGCCUGCGGGCGACGAGAGCGGGCCAGGCGGGCGCGGCGCGGGCCCGGCCCGAGGUGGGGCGGCGGCUGGAGCGCUGCCUCUCCCGGCUCCUCCUCUGGGCCAGCCUGGGGCUGCUGCUCGUCUUCUUGGGCAUCCUCUGGGUGAAGAUGGGCAAGCCCUCGGCGCCGCAGGAGGCGGAGGACAACAUGAAAUUAUUGCCAGUGGACUGUGAGACAAAAACAGAUGAGUUCUGUCAGGCCAAGCAGAAGGCGGCCUUGCUGGAGCUGCUGCACGAGCUGUACAACUUCCUGGCCAUCCAAGCGGGUAAUUUUGAAUGUGGAAAUCCAGAGAAGCUAAAAAGCAAAUGCAUUCCUGUAAUGGAAGCCCAGGAAUAUAUAGCAAAUGUGACCAGCAGCUCCUCCGCCAAGUUUGAAGCUGCACUGACCUGGAUUCUGAGCAGUAACAAGGACGUGGGCAUCUGGUUGAAAGGGGAAGACCCGUCCGAGCUGGUGACCACGGUGGACAAGGUGGUCUGCCUGGAGUCGGCCCGCCCCCGCAUGGGUGUCGGCUGCCGCCUGAGCCGCGCCCUGCUCAUGGCCGUCACCAAUGUGCUCAUUUUCUUCUGGUGCUUGGCCUUUCUGUGGGGGCUCCUGAUCCUCCUGAAAUACCGGUGGCGGAAGUUGGAAGAGGAAGAGCAGGCCAUGUAUGAGAUGGUGAAGAAGAUUAUAGAUGUGGUCCAGGACCACUACGUGGACUGGGAGCAGGACAUGGAGCGCUACCCAUACGUGGGCAUCCUACACGUGCGUGACACCCUGAUCCCGCCCCAGAGCCGGAGACGCAUGAAGCGGGUCUGGGACCGGGCCGUGGAGUUCCUGGCCUCCAACGAAUCCCGGAUCCAGACAGAGUCCCACCGCGUGGCUGGAGAAGACAUGCUGGUGUGGAGAUGGACUAAGCCCUCUUCCUUCUCUGACUCAGAGCGAUAAACCCUGGGCGGGGGGCCUGUUCCCAAUCAGCCAGUCCCCUCCAGGGGCGUGAGAGGGCCACCAUCCUGCUGGUGCUGAGUUCACACUUGCCUUGACUUUCACCCUCCUCCUGACCCUGGUUCCAAAGGUGUCUCUGUGAGACUCUUCAGAGACGAGCUUUCAGAAGGAAAGCGUGGGCUUCCUCGAAAGGCCAGGGGAGAAGACCAGGUGGGCAGCUGCCCUCUGCGUUGGUCUGAUCCUCUCUUCCCCAUUUUGCUGGUAGAAAGGGGAGAAGGGUUUUUCAUGGAAAGAUAAAAGCUCAGCAGCCGUGAGCCCCUGCAGAGCAAGUGUGCAGCUGGGUGUGUGGAGCACGCGUCAGCGAGGUGGGCCCCGCGCCUGUGGGAGGUGGGUCGGGAUGGCGGCUGGGACCGCAGGGGUUGGGGAGCACCUUGGUCAUGUGCCUUUCGGGGGGUGUUAACGUGGGAGCUCAAGGGUGAGGGGAGAAACCCUGCCCUUUAGCUGGAUUGGGCCUCUUAAUCCUGGAGGGGUAAGGUGCUAGAAAUUAGAACAAGUAUUGUAGGAGAACUGUCUAGACACGCGGCCCGGGCACGCGGGGCCUCAGGUCGGGAGGAAUGAGCAGCUAGGGUGGCCUCCCGGGAGGAACCUGGAGUCGGUGACGACGCGCCCCCGAGGUCGAGUCGCCGCCGGCCCCCAUCUGGGCGGCCCCGCCGGAGGCGGCCUCCCCAGUCCAGGCCUGCAGCUGCGGCGCGUCACCCGAUCGCGCUCCAGGACCUGGGGAUCCUCGCACUUCCUGUGGGCGAAGAUCGCCUCGUUUACGGCGACCACGCCUCCCCACACCGGGCACUUUCCAGGGAACGUCAGCCAGUGGUUUCAGUGCGCAGGGUGCGGCCUCACCUCCUCCCCCUGCUGGCCGCCGGGAGCGACCCCGCUGCGCGGACCUUCGCCCGCCCGCCAGCGCCUCUCCGCCAGGCGGAGCGACCUCCGGAAACCUCCGCGGGGGCCUUAUUAGUUAAGGGCCGGGAGUCUCUCCAUCAGAGCAGCAUCUCCAUAAGUUCUCGUCCGCGGCGGGCGGGAGAGGGGGCGAGCCGAGGAGACGGAACAGCUGCUUCCAAAAGGCAUUAAGCACCCCUCUCUGGUCUUAUUGGUAUUUUUUUGUUUCCUUAAUGAAGCGCCAGUCUCUCAUUUGAGCAAUACUCUCUCUCAUUUCCUCUGAUGUCUGGGUGAUCGGCGGGGCUGGAAUCCGAGCUCCGGCGCCGUGGCAACGCAACAGUCUCAUAAUCAGGCUCCAGCCAGAAGAAGAAACUGCAACAGGCUUCACUGUCAGGGCUGAAACUGUUGGAUAAAUAAACUAUUUAUUU